CUGCUGCUGCGCACUCCCUGUGUCUGUCUGCCUCCCUCCUCUCCUGCACAGCUCAAGGCAACAACUGCCACUACCACCACUGCUCUCAGAGCGAUGAUGAUGAUGCGCUACGUGCUGCUUGCGUGUGCCUUCUGCGUGUGGUUCGGCUGCGGGUGUGUUGGUGCAGAAAAGGAAGAUAAUCGUUGCAAGGAUGAAGCCAAAAAAGACUGUCCGGCUCCCGAAGAUCCUUCGUCUGCUGAGCCUGCGGAUCCUGGUCCUCGGGGGGCCGAGGGACUUCCUGGUGUUCCUCGUCCACCGGUAAACGGUAUUACUUCGCCUUCCUGCCCGAGCAAGCGUGAUGGCGAGGAGGCGUGCAAAGGCGUUUCACAGAGUGCACACGGUAAAACCGUGUCCGAGGUUACUUGCACUUCGCCUCAGGUAACAACAGAGGGCACUAAGAUUUGUCCGGAGUCCAUGGGCACUAUUUCAGAAGUAAGUGGACAAAUUCCUGCUGUUCCCGGUGCCGGCCUGGGCGGCGAUCCGGAUCCUCGACAGAAGCCGGCCGCUGCUUUGACUUGCAGCACGGAUGAACUUAUUGCUGAAAACGAAGAGGCAUGUAAGACCAGGGCGUCUCAAGGUCUGCAGGUUGGUGUCCCCGCUACCACCGGUGGGACUGGUGGUGGCGGAGGCCCGAAAACACCUGCAGAAUCUCGUGGCCCAGUGUUGGAUGAAGUAGGCGGACAAAUGGGCAGAGACGGAGAAAAUGGUAAGUUGGAGAAUAACCCUGUUGGGUCCUGCUCUGCUGCUUCAGGUGGGGCUACGGAUUGCUCACUUGAUACAUCCCUAUUACAUGCGCAACAACAGCAGAGCAAACUUUCUGAGAAACGCACAGCUGGGGACAUUUUGGGCGAAGAAGAUUCUAAUUUAGUGUCCACCGGUACUCGCGGGGGAAGACAGGACGCCCUAACAGAGAAAGGUGACGCCCCUAACGCUGGCCACGACGGCAACGCUGCCGAUACUUGUGUGAAUGGAAGACAUAAGGAAACAGGUAAAAAUUGUAACCUGAGCGUUACUGACAACACCCUUCAGACUAACCAAAGAAAGGAUGAUGAAAGCCACGCAAAAGAUCCCAAAACACCUGGAGCAAAGGAAGACGCCCCCAUCCCCGACGGUGAUAACACUGCCGCCAUGAGUUCCGGUGCCACACCAUCCGUUCCCCCCGUGCAUGAGGCUGGGAGUGCUGCUUCCGAUCACCGAAAUGGAGAGCCUUCUGAGAGUACAGCUCAGGCUGCAGUUGAACAAAGUGAUGCCGUGCAAUCGCAGACAUCUCCCACCUCUACUUCCACGAGUGCCACAGAAGCCACAAGCAGCAGCCAGCCGA